AUGACCGAUCUCCGGGAGAAGCUGUUGCCAAGAAAGGAGCUGCUUCCGCCUCAGCGCCAGCAAACACGCGCCAUGUCGCUCGCUGCUAGAGUUCCUGAUGAAGUCAUUGAUCACAGUAGCAGCAGCAGCGGCAGCUCCGUUGCGACUUGGGCAGUUCAUUGCGGCCGCACGAAUCACUUGCACCUGGCCGCAUGGCUAAUCUCCAUCUCGUCUUUCAUGUGGGGCUUCAGUGCUGCCGUUCUCAAUGUGUGUAUCGUGCCCGAUGCUGUUGGCUCACUUCUUGUUGACAUCAAUCUCACGACUGCGGAGCAAGAGCGUGCAACGGCGCUCGUGGUUGUGGGCUGCUUGGUCGCUGCAGUCACGACUGGUGGACUAGGCGCUCGCUUGGGGCUAAAGAAGACAAUCCUGGGCAACAAUGUACUCUAUAUCGCUGGCAGCGCGGUCUGUGCAAUCUGCACGUCGAAAAACAUGCUAUACGUCGGUCGACUACUCCUUGGACUGGCCUCGGGAGUCGUGACCAACACCGUGCCUGUCUUGCUGACGGAUAUCUCGCCGGCUGCCUCGAGCGGGGAGAUCACGGCCCUUCAUCAGCUCAGUCUAACGAUUGGUAUGUUGGCGUCCGCUCUGCUGGGCUUCGUGGUCAUUGAAAACGUACCCUCGGGCUGGAGAUACCUCAACGGAUUCAUGAUGUUGCCUCCACUGAUGCAGUGCCUGGGCAUGGCGUUCGUACCGGAGAGUCCGUGGUGGCUCAUGAAAAACCGCGGACACGAUGAGUGUCGUGCAACACUGAGUUAUUUACGUCCGAGUAAUGCCCAGGAUGCGGUCGAAAUGGAAGUGCAGGAAAUCGCGCGUGUGAUGAAGCAUCGACAACACGAGAAUCGCGCAGCCUGGUCGCACCUCUGGGCGCACAAAAAAGUCAUAGCGACGGGCUCUAUCCUCGUCUUCUUCCAGGCCAUGUCCGGCAUAAACAGUGUAAUGCUGUACUCGGCCAAGAUUUUCCAUUUUGCUGGAGUGACCAACCCAUUCUUUGCUACCACUGUGGUUGGCUUGAUGAACGUGGGCGUUACGAUCUUAUCGGCGCGCUUUGUCGACUCGCAUGGCCGACGACCGUUGUUGAUCGUAGGGACGACUAUCAUGAUCGUUGCACUAGGGGUACUCAGCUCUUCGCUGCUCUAUCUUCGAGACGAUCUUCAGCUGCAGGGUGUGAUAGCGGUGAUUUCCGUGCUCGCGUUUGUUGGUGGAUUUGCUGUGGGCCUUGGCGCUGUCGUAUGGGUCAUGCUUGGAGACAUCACGCCUGUGCACAUCCGCUCGCAAGCGUUCGCGCUCUACAUGAUCGUCAGUUAUAUCUGCAACAUCUUGAUUGCAGUGUACACGUUAUCUGCCAUCCAUUUCUUGGGCCGCGGCUCUGAUCCCGAGAAGAAUGGCAUUGCCAAGCUGUAUCUGAUCUUUAGCGGUAUUGUGGCACUAUGCCUCGCGUACAUCUACUUCUUCGUGGGCGAGACGUCACAUGUCAAAACAGCAUCGGCGACAGCCACAACUGAUCAACAAGCUCUUUUGGCUGAAGAAACACAAGAGGCAGUCGAAGAAGAGUUUCGCCAGAUGACCGAUCUAUAG